CAUCGGCGGGCCUCGCUCCCUUCCUCCUUCCCUCUCCCCGUCGUUCACUGUUGCCUCCUGCGCCGCGCCCCGGCUGUGCGCCGACACACCCACCCAAAAAUGGCGAGCAAGGAAGUGCUGGAGGACACGGUGGAGGAGCGCGUCAUCAGCGAGGAGUACAAGAUCUGGAAGAAAAACACCCCCUUCUUGUACGACCUGGUGAUGACACACGCGCUGGAGUGGCCCAGCCUCACCGUGCAGUGGUUGCCUGAUGUGACCAGGCCAGAAGGGAAGGAUUAUGCUCUGCACUGGCUGGUUUUGGGAACACACACGUCUGAUGAACAGAACCAUCUGGUUGUUGCAAGAGUCCAGAUUCCCAACGAUGAUCAGUUUGAUACUUCACAAUAUGACAGCGACAAAGGAGAGUUUGGUGGCUUUGGAUCUGUGACUGGCAAAAUUGAAACAGAGAUCAAAAUUAACCAUGAAGGUGAAGUAAACCGUGCUCGUUACAUGCCGCAGAAUCCUUGCAUCAUUGCUACAAAAACACCAUCUGCUGAUGUGUUGGUAUUUGAUUACACUAAACAUCCUUCAAAACCAGACCCAAGUGGAGAGUGUAACCCUGACCUUAGAUUAAGAGGGCACCAGAAGGAAGGCUAUGGCUUAUCAUGGAACUCAAAUUUGAGUGGACAUCUUCUCAGUGCGUCAGAUGAUCAUACUGUGUGUUUAUGGGAUAUAAGUGCUGGACCAAAAGAAGGCAAAAUUGUUGAUGCGAAAGCAAUUUUUACUGGACACUCUGCAGUAGUAGAAGAUGUGGCGUGGCAUCUGCUCCAUGAAUCUCUCUUUGGAUCUGUGGCGGAUGACCAGAAGCUUAUGAUUUGGGACACAAGAUCUAAUACCACAUCCAAACCAAGUCAUUCUGUAGAUGCUCAUACAGCUGAGGUCAACUGUCUGUCCUUCAAUCCUUACAGCGAGUUCAUUCUAGCAACUGGUUCUGCUGACAAGACAGUGGCUUUAUGGGAUCUUCGGAACUUAAAAUUGAAACUCCAUUCUUUUGAGUCACAUAAAGAUGAAAUUUUUCAGGUUCACUGGUCUCCUCAUAAUGAAACCAUUCUUGCUUCAAGCGGUACUGAUCGUCGGCUUAACGUGUGGGAUCUGAGUAAAAUUGGAGAAGAGCAGUCUGCAGAGGAUGCAGAAGAUGGGCCUCCUGAGCUGCUGUUUAUUCAUGGAGGACACACUGCCAAAAUUUCAGACUUCAGUUGGAAUCCUAAUGAGCCUUGGGUAAUCUGUUCUGUGUCGGAGGACAACAUAAUGCAGAUAUGGCAAAUGGCAGAGAACAUUUACAAUGAUGAAGAACCAGAUAUAGCAGCAGCCGAACUGGAGGGUCAAGGAACGUAACUUUUCUUCCUUAAGGAAAUACUGGGUGUAACAUAGUAAUAUAAUUUGACUACUGUAUACAUUUAAGAAAAAAAAAAAAGGCUCCCCCCCUGCCCCCAGUUUUUGGAAAGAAAAAACAAACCAACAAAAAAACCCCAAGCACUGGUCAAAAGCAUUACAUCAAAACGAGAAUAUUCUCAUUUGGGCACAAAAAGCUUGUAUAGUCAAUUUAUGAUGGGAUACCCUUGGUUAUUUAGGCACGUUGAGCUAUUGUAUACUGUACAGCAAUUAGCUUUUAGAGAAAAUAAGAAUUACUUAAUACCUAUAUUUUUAAACAAACUUAGUGGGUUCCUGUAAAUAAAAUAGUCAAAUCCUCACUCUUCCCACACUGACGAUGUGCAAAAAAAAAAAAAAACCAAGGUUUUUAUUAAUAUGUAAAAAGAGCUUUUCACUUUUUACACAACACUUUUGGAUUGGCUUUGCAUAAAUAAAAUUUAUUAAAUAAA